UCGUAUUCGCUCGGAAGCUAAACAAACAACCCGAAGAGCGAGAACGGCGGCAACACGAAACAAACUAACGAAACCAAAGCAACCAAAGCUCCAAAGUUCGUUUACGUCACAUACAGCUACUGAUUGCUCGGACGCUACGUAGAUCCUGCCUUAACAGAAGUUCUGUGCACGCAAGAUUAUCUCCAGCCAUGGGAUUUAUAUAAAAGGAGAAACUUCUUCGUGUCGUGCCAGCAAUGAUGGACUUUUCUGCUAUUUUGUUUCACUUUCCAGUGGAGCUUUGCAUUGGACUGUACAGGAGAAGUAGUGAGUCCAUCCUCAUGUGCAAAACACUGACGAUCUUCGUCCUUGUAGCCGUUAUCGUCAUUCCGUGUGUUGACGGUGAUAUUUCCGUAAAGACUGACAGACACAAAGUGAUAGUGGCGCAAACUGCAGAGGAUGCAUUCGCCCAAUACGUGAACAUUUACAGAAAGAAGUACUCCCCCGCAGAAUACAAUGUCCGCCUGGAUGCCUUCAAAGGCAGCUUAGAGAGAAUCAAGAAAGCGAACAGCCAGAGAAACCACACAGACAGCGCCUUUUUCGGGUUGACUCGCUUCUCGGACAUGACACCGGUGGAAUUCAACCAACUGUUGACGGUUCUUCCGGAGAAGCAGUCUUUCGUGUCUUUCACUUCCGACAUAUCGUACCCACCAAAGUUUGACUGGAGGAAGCGCAACGUGGUCAGUCCCGUUCGCAACCAACUCAACUGUGGUGCCUGUUGGGCUUUCAGCACCAUUGAGAGCAUAGAGACGAUGAACGCGCUUAAGACGGGUAAACUCACCGAGCUGAGCGUGCAGCAAAUGAUAGAUUGUUCAAAUUCCAGCAACCAUGGUUGCAAUGGAGGUGAUACCUGUACAGCACUGGAGUGGUUAAAGUCCAACCGAGUCCAGCUUGUAGAGUCUUCCGUAUAUCCCUUCACUGCCACUGACACAGGUCAUUGCAAAAACCCAGAGUCCUCAGUCAGGGUGAUGGUUCGAGACUACACAUGCAGUCGCUUCGUGGGCAACGAGGAGACUAUGCUCGCCCUCCUGGCAAACAGCGGUCCACUCGUGGCAGCCGUGGACGCAGCAGCGUGGCAGGAUUACCUGGGCGGAGUCAUUCAGUACCACUGCGAUGCUGGCCGAAAUCAUGCCGUGCAGAUUGUGGGCUACGACACGACAGUGCAGAUCCCCUACUACAUUGUCAGGAAUUCGUGGGGCGUCGGCUUUGGUAAUGACGGUUACCUCUACAUUGCAAUAGGAAAGAAUUUGUGCGGCAUUGCAGAAGAAGUGUCCACUGUCACAGUCGUAUGACGUUAUUCAUUGCAGGUUUAUUAUCUGGUCACCAUUUUUGUAUCAAUAUUUGCAGAUACUCACUUUGCUAGUCCGCUUUUGCACGGUACAGAAUUAUUGCUCGAACAAAGGUCGAACAAAUAAACUUUUUUUUUAUUUGUA